CAGAUUUAAAGAAAUAGUGGUGUUAUAUUAGGUUAUAAUCGAUAUAUUAUAAGUAAAAUUAUUUUUUAUUGUACAUACAAGCGUUACCAAAAGAUCUCAACGUCAGACGUCAUUACAAUUAAUCAUUAGAAAUGAAAAUCGCUGUAGAAGGUUGCGCCCAUGGCGAACUUGAAAAAAUAUACGAGUGUAUUGAAACAAUUCAGAGGAGGGAAGACAUGAAGAUCGAUCUCUUGAUAUGUUGCGGUGACUUUCAAGCUGUUCGUAACCACGAGGACCUGCGAGCUAUGGCUGUGCCGCAGAAAUAUCAGCAUAUGUGUUCAUUUCACAAAUAUUACAGUGGUGAGAAAAGGGCUCCUAUAUUGACAAUAUUCAUUGGAGGCAAUCAUGAGGCUUCAAACUAUUUGCAAGAACUGCCUUAUGGCGGCUGGGUGGCUCCUAAUAUUUAUUAUUUGGGCAGAGCUGGUGUUGUUAGGUUUGGAGAUUUGAGAAUUGGAGGAAUGUCAGGAAUUUACAAAGGUCAGGACUAUGGACAAGGUCACUGGGAAUGCCUGCCCUAUAACCAAAGUUCGCUUAGAAGUGUGUACCAUGUCAGAUCUCUGGAGGUCUUUAGGCUAAACCAGCUUAAAGAGAAAGUCAAUGUUAUGCUGUCCCAUGACUGGCCAAGAGGCAUCACUGAUUAUGGCAACACGGAAAAGUUGUUGCACUUCAAAACAUUUUUGAGGGAAGACAUAGAGUCUGGUCAAUUAGGCAGCGUUCCAGCUAUGAAAUUACUUCAGUCACUGAAACCAGACUAUUGGUUUGCAGCACAUUUGCAUUGCCAAUAUGCAGCAAUUGUCAAGCAUGAUGACUCAGAAACAAAGUUCUUAGCAUUGGACAAAUGUUUACCUAAGCGAAGACAUCUGCAGAUUUUAGAUAUACCUCCUGAGUAUAAUGGUGACAUGUGCCUAAAGCAUGAUGCUGAAUGGCUAGCAAUUUUAAGAAAUACAAACCAUUUGCUUGUUGUAAAAAAUGUUAAUCAGCACAUGCCUGGUCCUGGUGGAAAUGAGAGGUAUGACUUUACACCUACAGAAGCAGAAAAGGAAAAAGUGAUAAGUUUACUCGGAAGUCUUUUAAUAACAGAAAAUAGUUUUGUCAGGACUGCUGCACCAUUCAAUCCAAAUGCACCAAAAAUUACUCCACAGGAACCAUUACUCAAUCCUCAAACAGUUGAACUAUGUGAAAAACUUGGAAUUGAUGACCCAGUACAAGUAGUGAUGGCAAGGUCUGGUCGGAAAAUGAGACAACCAUGUGUUGAAGUUGGAGAAACAAAUUUUGAAACACAAAAUUUACAUUCUUCACCAAAACCAGUUGAGCAAACUCCUGUUAUGCAAACACCUAUCAAAUCAUCAAAGCUGUCACUCUGUCUUCCACCACCAGUUACACCGUGUGGAGAAAAUGAGAACUCUUCACCUACAUCAACACCAGAGCCUACUACAGCAGCAAAUAAUUUCGACAGUUUGAUUUAUGAAUGUAAAACACCAAUGUCUGAAACUAAAAAGAAAUCAUUCAAAAGGCGAAACAUGUCCAUUUAUAAUGUUUCAGAAGAUGGGAGUAGUAGCGCUGAGACACCUUCUAUAUUAGAUGAAGACAGUCCUAGUUCUAAAUACACACGUGUACAAAGUUUAUCUCUGGACUAACUCUUAACAAUAAUGAUAGAACUUAUAAUGUUAGGAAAGUAUAGUAAAGA